CAAACAGGUAAACAUUGGAGUACAUGCGCUGGCGUUUUCUUGUUUCUCUGCCUUGUUGCCGUGAAACGUUUGAUUAUUAAAAAAAUAAAUAAAUAAAUUACAAAGAAUUACCAAACCGUUGAGGUAUUUGUUUUAGUUUCUAUGAGGAAACAAAAAGGCUGUAACUCGCUCUGGUUAUUCCUGACUGACGGGUUAGAUACUUUGGAGGGUUUAAAAAAAUCGUUUGCACUGAGUUACUUCCUACCUACAAUAUUCAAAACCAGAAACUCACGGUACACACAGAAAUGGCUACUACUGCCGAUCUAGUCAGCAAUGGAAACAUACAUCGACAUAACCAAAACAUCGAUACCUUUAAAAGUGAUGCUUAUGUGAGAAGCGGAUUUAAUAGCCACUGUAAUAAGCACAACGGCAAAGCAAAUGGAGGUUUAGAUAAACGUCCAUUUAAAGAAUCCUUUGACCAGGCUCCACUGUAUGUUGCCGUUCUAACAUAUGUGGGCUUCGGAGUCGUUACGCUGUUUGGUUACUUCAGGGACUUUCUGAGGGCCUGUGGCCUUGAAAAAUGUUAUCUUGCACAAGAAAGGGAGGAACAAAAGGAUUUUGUACCACUUUACCAAGACUUUGAGAACUUUUACACAAGGAAUCUGUACAUGAGGGUGCGAGACAACUGGAACCGGCCAAUCUGCAGUCUUCCAGGCCCACAGUUUGAUCUGGUGGAACGUGUUUCUGACGACUACAACUGGACUUUCAGAAACACUGGAAAAAUUAUCAAAAAUGUCAUUAAUAUGGGUUCGUACAACUACCUGGGUUUCGCAGAAAACAACGCCAGCUUCUUGACGACUGUGGAGGACACAACAAGACAGUAUGGCGUCGGAGUCUGCAGCACCCGGCAGGAAAUGGGCAACCUUGACAUCCACAAUGAACUGGAAGACCUGGUGGCAAAGUUUCUGGGGGUAGAAGAUUCUAUGACAUUUGGAAUGGGCUUUGCUACCAACUCCAUGAACAUUCCAGCACUAGUUGGCAAGGGCUGCCUCAUUUUAAGUGACGAGUUAAACCAUACCUCUCUUGUCCUGGGAGCAAGACUGUCGGGAUCCACAAUCCGCGUUUUUAAGCACAACAACCUACAGAGCCUAGAGAAAUUACUGAGAGACGCCAUUGUGCACGGUCAGCCUCGAACUCAUCGGCCAUGGAAGAAAAUCCUCAUUCUAGUCGAGGGCAUUUACAGCAUGGAGGGUUCGGUUGUGCGGCUGCCAGAGAUCGUAGCUUUAAAGAAGAAGUACAAGGCUUAUCUGUACUUGGAUGAGGCUCACAGCAUUGGGGCAGUGGGGCAGACGGGCCGUGGAGUCACAGAAUAUUUUGGAUUAGAUCCUUCAGAUGUCGACGUAAUGAUGGGUACCUUCACCAAGAGCUUUGGAGCAGCUGGGGGAUACAUAGCUGGCAAGAAGGAGCUGGUAGAUUUUUUGCGUACCCAUUCACACAGCUCUGUCUAUGCUACCUCCAUGUCGCCACCUGUCGCCAAACAGAUUCUGAGGGUCUUGAAGUGCAUCAUGGGACAGGAUGGAACAACAGUGGGUAUCCAGAGAGUGCGCCAGCUAACAGAAAAUGUGAGGUACUUCAGACAGAGGCUUCAGGAGAUGGGUUUCAUCAUAUAUGGGAAUGAAGACUCUCCAGUGGUUCCACUGCUGCUCUACAUGCCUGGGAAAGUAGGGGCCUUUGCAAGGGAGAUGUUGAAGAAGAAUAUUGGGGUGGUGGUGGUGGGGUUCCCAGCCACUCCCAUAACAGAGUCCAGGGCUCGGUUCUGUUUGUCUGCUGCUCAUACCCGCGGGAUGCUGGACAAGGUUUUAAACACUCUGGAUGAUCUGGGUGAUUGCCUAUCACUGAAGUAUUCCCGCCACAAGAGGUCAAUCCAGGACAGAACUCUAAGACGAAACUCCGUGCUUAAUCAUUAAACGACUCAAUUUUAUUUUUGGAGUGCAGGGAAAAACUAAGACUGAAGGAAUUUGAAUAUGGUUUUCUUCCCGCUUUUGGGAAUUUCUAUCUCUUUAUCAACUCGUCUCUUGAAUGGAAUAAAGCUGCAACACAACUUCAUACUGUAUAUGUGUCAUAAAUGGAUAUGCUGCACAGAAAUUUUUUUAAAAAUCUAUGUUGUGUGGCUCUUUCAGGAAAGGAAUAAAAUAUAAGCCUGGCAUUGUUUGUUUUGAGAUUCCCAAAGGCUCAGAUGGGCCCUUUUUAGGCUGUACACAUAAAACAAGAAGCAAUUAAUUGUCAGAAACAGCACAGAACAAACAUUUUUAUGACUUGAACCACUGCUGGUGUACGGUUUGUUUUUGACAUAUUUUAAUAAUUUUGUUAAAAUGUAGAUGUGUAUCUAUGCUCAAGGACAAUUUUUGAUAAGUCUCUGAAGUUUGUGCCUUUGUGAUAAAUGUGCCUUUUUUGAAAAAUGAGAGGUAAAAUUAAGAAUUUAGGGGCUACAAUAUAAAUGAGUAACCCUUUGCUAACAAAACGGUCACUUAUGAGUUAAAGAUUGUUUACUCCGCUGUGAUUUUUUAAUUUUUUUUUUGUGAGUAAAGCUUGUGGUUUAAAAACACUAUGCCAUUAAAUAAACAAAGAUUAUGUUCUGUUCUGAAAGUACUUCUUUUAAAUGGUUCAGUCUGUUAUCUUAUGUGUGUUCUGAGAAACCUGAGCUGCUCUAGAACAUGUUUCAAUGUUAUAUGUGCUGGGCAUACCUAAUUUACAUUAAGUUGCAUUUGGCUUUGUUUAUAAUGACUUAGGACACGCAGAGUGGAACAUUCUUUUCCUAUAAUUUUUAUGUCAUCGUACUACAGUUUUCUAAAUUUUACAAAAUGGAAUGGCUGAAGGGGGUAGGCCAGUGCCUAUUCGGUACAACUAACAUCGUUCAAUAAGUAAAAAAGGGUCUAAUUCAGAGAUAAAUGGAAGAAUCACUGAAGUCUCCAAAGGAAUUCAGUAUAACUUUCUGUCGCUUUGCACUUUCUGUAAUCUUGUGCUUUCUUCCUUUGUUUUUCUUUUGCAAGGAAGAAAUGUAUCCAUCUCAACCAUCAGCUAUCGGUUUUACUAAAAAUGCAGCCGUGCCUAAUAAAUAAAACAAAACCGUCA